UAUAGUAUUUAGCCAUUACCGUUUUUAAAGAGGAGACACGAGGGGGCGGCUUGUUCUAGUUAGCGACUGAUUGUGGCGGGUCACCGGUAGCGGAGUCUACGAGGAUGUCUUUCCCUAAGGCUCCCCUCAAGCGGUUCAACGAGCAUGUUGGCUGUGCUCCAGCUCCAGGAUCUUACGAUGUGAAGCUUUCAGAUAGUCUUAAAGGACCAGUUUCAUUUGAAAAAUCUCAACGCUUUAGAGCAAAAAAAGGCUGUGCUCCAGCUCCAGGAUCUUACGAUGUGAAGCUUUCAGAUAGUCUUAAAGGACCAGUUUCAUUUGAAAAAUCUCAACGCUUUAGAGCAAAAAAAGGCUGUGCUCCAGCUCCAGGAUCUUACGAUGUGAAGCUUUCAGAUAGUCUUAAAGGACCAGUUUCAUUUGAAAAAUCUCAACGCUUUAGAGCAAAAAAAGGCUGUGCUCCAGCUCCAGGAUCUUACGAUGUGAAGCUUUCAGAUAGUCUUAAAGGACCAGUUUCAUUUGAAAAAUCUCAACGCUUUAGAGCAAAAAAAGACUUGGCUGGUGAAAGUCAGAGUUCGGACCGAGAUGAGGAACCUACUUCCCCAGCACGCCUUAAAAAGCAUUCUUCUCUUGGUUCAACACCAAACCUGAGACAGAAACCUGAGAGAGAUGUGGAAUUAGUGAGAGACAUGAAGAAACAGAAAGCUCUGGAGAAAGAAUAAAAAACAUCAAAGUACGAUGGAACAGCUGCAGGGACCAGUUCCGCAGAGAGCUGAACGACAAGGGUCUCAGUGGAGAAGGCUCCUCUAGAAAACGACCAUACAUGUACACGGAGCAACUAAGUUUUCUUCGGCCAGUGAUGGAGUUGAGGCCAACUGUGGACAAUCUAGAGGACAGCGAAGAUUCGGAAUUGGGUGGAUCCGAAACGCCACCAGUAUUUUCGCCAGAAACCAGCCCUCCAGAAACUGCAGCGGUGGAGCCUACAGAGCCAGCCAUGGCCCCAAGUGGUGGGGAACCGGAAAUGCCCCAAACUUCACAGCAGCAGCCCAGGAGACGGAGGAAUGUUCGUCAGCCUGCCUCUGAGCAAGUUAAUCGUGAACUGAUCGAUGCCCGAGUAAUAGUUUCUUGCUCAGAGGCGGACUGAUGGCCAAGAGGAAUCUGUUAAGGGGCCUUGCACCACUUAUGAGGCAUGUUCCCACACCAAACCAUCACCAUUGUGUAGCAGCCUUGGCACUGGUUUUGAAAAUGUACACAUUCCCAUACCAGGGAGACAUACUGUAUGAUCUCAACCAGAUGCUAAACAAAUAUACGAUGGCUUCAAGUCAUCAGCCUACCAGGUUUGCACAGGCUGCACAUGCAAGCCAUGGUCCACCCUCUUCCGGACCUUCUUUACAUGGUUCACAGGAGCGUAACCCUCCCCUUGCCCAGUCCAUGCCUGUGGACAUGUUUUCAACAGGUGCACCACAAGCGGCCAGGAUCUAGUUUUGUCCCUGGCUCUUUCACAAGAGACUUGUUUGAUUUAUAAUUUGUAUUGGUUUUGUUAUACAGUUAAUCUUAUACCUUUUUAAAAGGAAUUGGAAUACUCUUCCAGACAAAGUUAUUUAUGUAAAGAUAAUUUAUUGGUUUCAAGAAAAACUUAAAAAAAAGGCUGUUGUG